CGUGUGUAGGGGCUACGAUCCCGACAGUCUACGGUGAAACAUGGCUGCCAUGGCUACGCAUUUAGAAACUACGCAUAGACUUUUCUUUUGGGAUAUUAAAAAACGACACCGAGAAAAACUGUGGCACCAGCCCAUCGAAUGUGCUUUUCGUUACACAUCAAUGUCAGACAGCGACGCUGAAGAGUUGUCCGUGGGGGCACCCUCGCCCAUUUCGGCUAAAGAGCACCACCACCACCACCACGGUUCUAAUAUGAUUAUCAUGGACGGUGAUGAAGAAGGAUCGAGCAGCGUUUCGACUUCGAGUUUCAGGAUCCGUAAUGAAGGAGUCGACACGAUUAACGACAGCAGCAACGGCGCCACCCAGCGCCACCCGACAUGUGCCCUCUGCAAAAAUCAUCAAACGAUAAGCACGCUCAAAGGGCACAAAAGAUACUGUCCAUGGCGACAAUGUAUGUGUGAAUUGUGCUAUGGCACGAAUAAAAAGCGAAAGAUAAAUGCGGAGCAAGUGGCCCUGAGACGGGCUCAAGCCCAGGAUGAGGAACUGCGUAAAAAGGGAAUUAUUCAACAACUCGAAAGGAUUUCCAGCUCUUCAACAUCAACAAUCACUACUACACCCUCGUCGUCCAUCCAACAGUCGCCAUCACCCGAUUGUGGGAAAGUGAGGCCGGCUCGUUCGGAGCAGCAUCAACACUCACUGCCGGGCAGGGAAGAAAGAGCGCCAAAAGUGAAAAUCGAUAAUCCAUGCCGACCUACUCCCGCCGUAGGUCAUCAAUCGAGCCCCGUAGUCUUUGGGCAACAAUUAUCGCUCGGUAGCAUCCUCAUGGGUCAGAAUGUUUCAUUGUUACGACACUCUGUAUGCGAGAAGAGAUUAGGAUUUGAAAUGCUGGGAUUCCUUUUCCGGAUCAUUCAAGACGUCAAAACCGAGAUUGAAAGAGUCUCAUUUCAACUGAAUGAAAUUCACCAUGAAAUUCAAAUCAAGAUUCAUUCCGGAAAUGUCAAUUUUGCACCUAAUCCCAAUCUGUUUUAUGGUCAAGAUCCACUGCAGAACGGAAAUCCUGUGCCCGGACCGGGAUCCAUUCAUCAUUACCAAAUCCCUUCGACUUUUCAAACGCAAAUCCGAGCGACGGUCAUUAACGGGCCUCAUCCACCCAUACACCAAACUUUGUAUCCCAACUGAUCGUUUCUUUUUUUUAUUAUUAUUAUUAUUAUUGAUUAUAUUCUUCAUUGAUUUACUUGCUAGCCCGAGCAAAUUAUUUUAGAUGACUUGUUUUCGUUUCUUUUUUCAAAUCAUUGAUGUUGUUUCAUUUUUGAAUUUUCUAUUAUUUCGUGUGCUUCUCUAAGAAAACCUUCUUCGCACUCUUUAUCAUGAUUCAUUAUGAAAUUUAGUGAAAAAUUCCAAAUGCCAACGAAACCCUGAAAAUCUUUUUUGCUUUGAUUGGUCGUGUUUUAGUACUGAACGAUUUAGAAGUCUAUUGUUCACAGCCUGAUGAAAACAUCCUCUCUGUACGUGAUUGUUAAGUGUAUGAUUACCACCUGAGCUUGUCAACCCCAAGGAACACAAAUCUUGAUGGGAUAUAUUUUUGGAACUUGACUGAUAUUGUGAUGUUUAAUCAUUGAAAUUGACUGGUGUGAAAUUUUCAACUGCAAAUCUGUGAUCGACUUGUUUUGUUUUGCGAUACCAAUUCUAUGACUUGAAAACGGCAGUUGCUUUACUGGCAAUAGUGCAGAGAUGAGACAAAGGAAAAGUUACGAUGCUUGAGACUGAAUUUGAGACUGAUUUUGUUUAAAACUGUAGCCAAGCGGACCAGCAAAUUUGUUCGAAAGUUAAACGGAUUUGCCAGUAAAGGGGGAUAUUUUUUGGUAUCGUGAAACUGAUUAAGGUUAGGAUUAUUCAAUUGGAUUGGGGGAUUUAUUCCCAAGUUAUGCAAGUGUUUGAUAACCGCGAAAGCAUUCGUACUGUAUAAGCGAGGCCUUUGAUAGGAGAAUCGGAGAAGAGAAUUUUGAGCUAGAAAUUCGUUUCUAGGUCGAACAACUGAUUUAAACAAGAGACCUGAUGAUAGACAUUUGUCUUUCUGGAUUAACGUUUUUGAGUAGGCCUACGAAUUUGUAUCGUAGCUAUAGCAAGUGGAUUGUCGUUCCCUAAUUCUGUUUUAGAAAGAAUAGAGACCGGCAGUUACCAGAAAGAGAAACCAGAAUAGAUUUUCGCUGAUGGACUUUUGGAUUCGCCAUUUUUUAAAUUAACAAUUUUAGAACAAUAAUAGACAAAAUUUGUUUGCCUCCUUCCAACUUUAUCAGUUUAUGCCCCACCUUUUGUUUGCAAUACGAUUUCGCUAAAGAGUAGCCAUUCACGUUUUCUUUAGAUUCACGUUCUAUCGCUAAUGUAAACCUUUUGCUCCUCUACAUAAAAAGUAUGUAAUAACCUCCCAUUAUUGAAUUCCUGAAUUAAUGUAGUUGGACCCGAAAUAAAAUUUUCGUCCACCAA